AUGGCCACUCCUACCCCUGACUCCACUGCGAUAUCCCCGAUUUCCCUCCUUUGGGCCCACCAGCUCCGUCGCGAACACAAAGCGCUCGUGGGCCAGAUAACCGCGCUCGAAACGGCAACAGAUAAGGCGAAAACGGCGCUACGUGAGACGAAUGAGAAGCUUGCGGCGGCAAAUGCGAGUGCAGUGGGAUUGGAAAGGGUUGUUGGUGAUGUGAGAAGUGAGGUAGCUGCUCUCAAAGGUGAGAUUACAGCGGUCAGGGAUACGGUAGACGAAUUCGUUAAAAAGGAGAAGAAAGUGAAUGAGGAGAGGAGACGGUGGGAGAGUGAGAUGGAGACUGAGAGGCUGGCGAUGCGGGAGAGUAGGAGUUUGGUAGACAAGCUUGUGGAAGAGGUGAGGGUCUUGCGGGAAGAAGUGGAAGAGCUGAGGAGGCAAGCUGCGAAACCAAAACGGAGCCCCGAGACCCCGUCCCGGUCAAGAUACUCAACAGCAUCAGUCCCGCCCGCUGCUCAACCAUCUCCCCGACAGGCGAAGCGUGCUCGGCGCACUGCUCGAGUUUCGUCAAGUAUACAAGGAACGCCGUCUAGUUUCCAUUUCCGCCGCGUUGGGCGCCCUCCGUCUCUGGAGCUUAUCCCCGAGUCCUUGUCUGUGCGUCACUCGGAGUCAUCAGUAGCUGCAGUGGAUGUUGACUUGACGCAACUUUCAACCAUGAGCCCACCCGCUUCGGAAUAUGAACCAUGUCCCGUUGCCGCGGAACAGGAGUAUCUUCCGGAGGCGGAUAGAGAACUGGAUGAUGCCAUUCUGGCGCUCAAGCAAAGUGAUCUCUCUCUUUCGGAGUAUCUUGAAUCUGGAGAAUUAAUCCUGGCGAGGUUUGCACGCAAACGCGACGAGUUUAGAGUCGUUCAGGCGCUCUGGGAGGGACUCAGUGAUGCUGGCGAACGGAAGAUUAUAGAGGAGAAGCUGGAUAAGGACGGCUGGAGUUGGAGUGUGGUCCAAGCCGCAGUGAGAGGUUUAAUUAAGCGAAAAGAGGAGGAAACGGAGAAGAAAAGGGAUCAAGGGCGGGCACGGGCGCUGGAUGAUAUUUCGAAACAGGGCGCGAAUGAGACUCGUAAGAAACAUAAGAGAAGGAGGAUCAUCCCUAUCGUGUGGCCAACGAAGGAAGAAGAAGAUGAGUGGAGGACUCAAAUGGAGAAAUGGCGGCUACAGGCAUAA